AACCGUAGUUUCUCGUAAGAUGGUACAUAAUGAAUUAAAAUAGCUUUUUCGAUGUUUACUAGUAAGUUUACAAAGUAUUGCAAUCAGGGGAAAACCUUAAGGUGUCGAAACUACCCCCAGUUCCCUUACGCGUGCCUCCACAAUCACACACUCACACACCCCCGUUAUCUGGCUGGAACCGUCCAUCAUAAUCGUUCUGCACCCGUUGACCCUUUUCGACGCCCUUGCACAAAACGAACCGGUUUCGCAUGCACCACACAAUGCACUUUGUUCGCCAACGCCAACCGUGCAACUGCAACCCUUGCCAACUGCAGUACGCCGACGACCACGCGUCACGGCAGCAGUGCAAGCUAAAGCUACUACCCGUUCCGCAAUGGCCCUACCGAUCGCGUUGUAUCUGUGCGUCAGUGUGGUGUGUUUGCUGGUGCUUUGGAUACGGCGACGGCGCAACUAUUGGCCGGCACGCAAUGUACCGACCAUACCGGGCCACUUUCUGCUGGGGAACUUUGAGGGGCUGCGCCGACAAUCCGUCGCGGACGUGUCGAACGAGCUGUACCGCCAGGUGGACCGGCGGGAACGGUUCUGCGGCCUGUCGAUCAUGCUACAGCCCACCCUGAUGAUCACCGAUCUGGACCUGAUCAAGUCGGUGCUGAUCAAAGACUUUGCCCACUUUACCGAUCACGGUGUGUACCAUAACGAGCGUGUCGAUGCCCUGUCCUGCCAUCUGUUCUGUCUCGAGGGUGCCAAGUGGAAGAGCAUCCGGUCGAAACUGUCGCCCGCCUUUGCGACCGGGCGGAUCCGGGCGAUGUUUCCCAUCCUGCGGCAGGUGGCCGACAACUUUGCCCACUUUCUCCGGACGGAAGUCGAUGGUAAGGCGGAGCUGGAUAUGAAGGAUUGCUGUGCGCGCAUGAUGAUCGAUAACAUUGGCGGGUGUGCGUUCGGCAUUGAGUGUAACAGCUUUCACGAGCCGGACAGUGCGUUCCGUCGGACGGGUGAGCUGGUGUUCGAUAAGCCACGCCACUCGCAGGUGGUGAGCAGCUUGCUGCGUCUCUACCCGGCGUUGGGCCAUCUGCUCGGGCUCAAAGUGAACCACGACGAGGUGAUUGAGUUCUUCACCGGGAUGAUGCGCCGCACGGUGGCGAUGCGCGAGAGCAGCGACACUGGCACCGCCGGCGCCGCAGCCACGCCCAAGCGCAACGAUCUAAUUGACAUGAUGCUGCAGCUGCGUGCGGCCUCGAACGGUAGCGCCCUCUCGAUGGACGAGCUGAUGGCGCAAGCGUUCGGGUUCUUUCUGGCCGGGUACGAAACGUCCUCCUCCAAUGUGACCUUCUGUCUGUACGAGCUGGCCCUGAACGAGCACUGUCAGGAGCGGGCGCGCGUGUGCGUGCGGGAAGCGCUGCGCAAGCAUGGCGGCCUAACGUACGAAGCGCUCGGCGAGAUGGAAUAUCUCGACCGUUGCAUAAAUGAAACACUGCGCAAGUAUCCACCACUGCCGCUGCUACCUCGGCUUACCUCCAAACCGUACCGCAUACCGGACAGUGAUGUGAUACUGCCGGCGAAAAUGCGAAUCCAUCUGCCGGUGUAUGCGAUCCAGCGCGACGAGCGCUACUAUCCCGACCCGGACCGGUUCGAUCCGGACCGCUUUGCGCCGGACCGGGUAGCAGAGCGACACUUCAGUGCGUUUUUGCCGUUCGGUGAGGGGCCGAGAAUUUGCAUCGGCCAGCGGCUGGGCGUGCUGCAAUCGCGCAUCGGUUUGGCGACGGUGCUGGCCAACUUUCGGGUGCGGCCGGGCCCGAGGACACCGAUACCGCUGGUGUUUGCGAAGGAUGCGGUCACGCUGCAGUCGGCCGGGGAGGUGUACUUGCAGGUGGAACCGUUGCAGGAGCAAGAGUAACUUUGUGCAGGACGGCAGGGUGUAGUGCUGCUGUGGAAUGAGUUCUGUGAUUUGAGUAGGUGAAAUUGAUGGGAGGUUUUGAUCGAAAUUUUAAAAAUUCAAACGAUAAGGUCAUUAUCUUCGUCGAACUGCCUUAGUGAAUGUUAACGUAGGUAACCUUAUAUUAGAUGAUUUUUACACUCUAGAUAACUUAGCCCUGUCUAAGGACUUGGAAAAAUAAUGAUUUAGGUUUAAAAUAUCUCCAGGGUGCGAGCAAAGGUUUGAAUUGAUCAUAAUCUCAUACUUCCCGUACUGGAUCUUAUCCUUAACCCCUACCGAUCCAGAAACUGAUCCCGAAUCCAUAUCGCUCCCAGAACUGAUUCCAUCUCAUUCCUGGAACUGAUCCGCAAUGCAUACCUGUCCGAGUAUCUGUUCCUGUAAAUAUACAGGCUUUGAAACUGACAUUGAACCCAUACCGUACCUGGACCUGGUCCUAAAGCCAUACUAAUCUUGGAACUGAUCCGGAAUUCACACCUUUUCAAGAAUCUAAGCUGAUCUUGAAACCAUACCGGACCUGGAACAAGUUCUGAACUUCGAACAGUCCUGACAUAUGUGUUGAAUUGAAACCGCAUUUAGAACUGAUUCGACCUGAAAAUGAUUCUGAACCGAACAUACCGAUUCGGGAAAUUAUUCUGACCCCGCACUGUACGUGGCACUAAUAUACAAAGGAUCCAAAUCAUUCAUGGAACUACUCGCUUUUUAAUUGUGCUCCGGUAGAAACAUUUCCUGUCCCAAACAAAUCCAAUAACUGAUUCCGAUACCAUGUUUGUCAAUAAACCAUUCCCGAUAGCAGAGUUUUGUAAAAAAAUUACAUUCAGCAUAGAACUGAGGCCAUCUAAUCAGCCAGGAAGUUAUUCCCGAUAGCAGAGUUUUGUAAAAAAUUGACAUUCAGCAUAAAACUGAGGCCAUCUAAUCAGCCAGAAAGUGCUCGUCACUAUGUACUAAAAUACCGCAAUAGUGACUAAUAUACUUACAAGACUAUUAUUUUUAUACACUGAUAUCAUUUAUCUUCCUAUACAAUAAAUUCACUCAAAAUAAAGCCAAAAUAAAGCCAAAAUAAAGUCAAUU